AGCAUAGCUGGGCACAGCACCCUAUGGUCCAGUCACCUUCCACAUGGGAGCCUUGGGGACAUCUGAGACUGGAAUCUUAGACCCAACCAUGUCCUCAAGGUCGCUCCUCUGAGGCAGGUGCCAUCCCCACCUGGUGCUACAGAAAGCAAAGAAAUGCCGUGCCCUUGGUGGUCCCUGAGGAUGUGGGCAGUUUCUCUGCGGCCAGGACACUCCUGGGUGAGGCUCGCUGCCUGCCUCCUGAGUGCUAGAUCACAGGCCUGUGUCCUUGUGCCCAGCAGAGUAAAGACUCAGAAAGACACUCCUUGCCUGGAUGCCUGGGACCCAGCGUGGCCCUGAGCUGUGCUGAGGAACAUGGCCAGCACCCGCUGUAAGCUGGCCAGCUACCUGGAGGACCUGGAUCACACAGAUUUUAAGAAAUUCAAGAUGUACUUGGAGGACUACCCCCCACAGAGGGGCUGCACCCCGCUCCCGAGGGGCCAGACGGAGCGGGCAGACCACAUGGACCUGGCCACUGCCAUGAUCGCCUUCAAUGGGGAGGAGCGUGCGUGGGCCAUGGCCACGUGGAUCUUCGGUGCUAUCCACAGGAGAGACCUGCAGGAGAAGGCACAGCAGGAGCAGCCAGAGUGGGAGAACCCUGCAGUGGAGUGCCGGGAAGACAGCCUUGAAGAAGAGUGGAUGGGCCUCCUGGGCUUCCUUUCCAGAAUCUCCAUUUGUAGGAAGAAGAAGGAUUUCUGCCGGACAUACAGACGACAUGUGAGGAGCAGAUUUCACUGCAUUGAGGACCGGAAUGCGCGUCUGGGGGAGAGUGUAAACCUCAACAAGCGCUAUACACGCCUCCAGAUGGUCCGGGAGCAUCCCAGCCGGCAGGAGCGGGAACAGGAGCUGCUGGCCAUGGGUGGGGGCAGGCUGCGGGACAGCCCCCCAGGCCCGCUGAGGCUGGAGGAGCUGUUCGACCCCAGCCCUAAGGAGGAGUCUGUGGAGCCUGUACGCACUGUGGUGGUGCAAGGUGUGGCUGGUAUUGGGAAAACCAUCCUGGCCCGGAAGAUCAUGCUGGACUGGGCCUCAGGGAAGCUCUUCCAGGAUAAGUUUGACUACCUGUUCUACAUCCACUGCCGGGAGGUGAGCCUCGCCAUGCCCAGGAGCCUGGGCGACCUGAUUGCUAGCUGCUGCCCCGACCCCAGCCCCCCCGUGGGCCAGAUCGUGUGCAAGUCCUCCAGGGUCCUGUUCCUCCUGGACGGCUUUGACGAGCUGCAGGGCGCCUUUGACGAGCACACUGAGGCGCCGUGCACAGACUGGCGGGCGGCAGCUCCAGGGGAUGCACUGCUGGGCAGCCUCAUCCGGAAGAGGCUGCUGCCCAAGGCCUCGCUGCUCAUCACCACCCGGCCGGUUGCUCUGGAGAAGCUGCAGCACCUGCUGGAGCGGCCACGCCAUGUGGAGGUGCUGGGCUUCUCCGAGGCCCGUCGGAGGGAGUACUUCUUCAAGUACUUCUCGGGUGAGGCGCAGGCCCGCGCAGCCCUCGCACUGAUCCAGGAGAAUGAGGUACUCUUCACCAUGUGCUUUAUCCCGCUGGUCUGCUGGAUCGUGUGCACCGGGCUCAAGCAGUGCAUGGACCGUGGGGAGAGCCUGGCCCAGACCUCUAAGACCACCACGGCUGUGUACGUCUUCUUCCUGUCCUGCCUGCUGCAGGCCCAGGGCAGUGGUCAUGAGCACCAGCUGUCUGCCCACCUCCAUGGGCUCUGCUCACUGGCUGCCGAUGGCAUCUGGAACCAGAAGGUCCUGUUUGAGGAGUGUGACCUCAGGAGCCAUGGCCUGCAGGAGGGGGCCGUGUCUGCCUUCCUGAGGAUGAGCCUGUUCCAGAAGGAGGUGGACUGUGAGAAGCUCUACAGCUUCAUCCACAUGACUUUCCAGGAGUUCUUCGCAGCCAUGUACUACCUGCUGGAGGAGGAGGAUGGGCUGGGGCUGGCAGGGAGCCACAAGGCACUUCCCCAGCGAGAUGUGGCUGUCCUCCUGGAAAACUACGGCAAGUUUGAAAAGGGCUACCUGAUUUUUGUAGUCCGCUUCCUCUUCGGUCUUGUCAACCAGGAGAGGACAUCCUACCUGGAGAAGAGGCUGAGCUGUAGGGUGUCCCAGCAGGUCAGAGUGGCACUGCUGAGGUGGAUUGAGGCCAAGGCCCAGGCCAAGAAGCUGCAGGUCCAGCCCAGCCAGCUGGAGCUCUUCUACUGCCUGUAUGAGAUGCAGGAGGAGCCCUUCGUGCGCAGGGCUAUGGGCUACUUCCCUAAGAUCGAGGUCAGCCUCUCCACGCGCAUGGACCACGUGGUGUCAUCCUUCUGCAUCCAGAACUGUCGCAGUAUGCAGACACUGUCCUUGGGCUUCCAGCACAACUCGCCCAAGGAAGAUGAGGAUGAGGAUGAGGAUUCAGAGGAAGGCGUAGACCCUCUGGCUGCCAGUGCUUGCAGGUCUCGGAGCUGCUACCUGACCCCCAGCUCCUGCCGGGGCCUCUUCUCUGCCCUGAGCACCUCGCAGGCCCUCACCGAGCUGGACCUCAGUGACAAUGUCCUGGGGGACGUAGGGCUGCCUGUGCUGUGCGAGACGCUGCGAAACCCAGGCUGCAGCAUCCGGAGGCUAUGGUUGGGGCGCUGCGGCCUCUCCCACCAGUGCUGCUCCGACCUCUCCUCUGUCCUGAGCAGCAGCCAGAAGCUGUUCGAGCUGGACCUGAGUGACAACCCCCUGGGCGACCUUGGGGCCAGCCUCCUGUGCCAGGGCCUGGCAGACCCCAGCUGUGCCCUUGGCAAGCUCUGGCUGGUGAGCUGCUGUCUCACGUCUGCAUGCUGUGAGGACCUCGCCACGGUGCUUAGUGCCAGCUGCUCACUGACCAGACUCUACAUCGGGGAGAACGCCCUGGGUGACGUGGGGGUUGGCACCCUGUGUGCCAAGGCCCGGUGGUCAGAGAGUCCCCUGCAGAAGCUUGGUUUGGUGGAUUCUGGCCUCACAUCUGUGGGCUGCUCAGCCCUGGCCUCCGUGCUCAGGACCACCCAGAGCCUCACGCACCUGUACCUUCGGGGCAAUGUUCUCGGCGACACAGGACUCAAGCUGCUCUGUGAGGGGCUCCUGUACCCCAGCUGCACACUUCAGAUGCUGGAGUUGGACAACUGCAGCCUCACCUCUCACAGCUGCUGGGACCUCUCCAUGGUGCUGACCUCCAGCCGGAGCCUGUUUAAGCUGAGCCUCAGCAACAACGACCUGGGCGACCUGGGUGUCAUGAUGCUCUGCGAGGUCCUGAGGCAGGAGGCCUGUGUCCUUCAGAACCUGCAGUUGAAUGAAAUGUAUUUCAACUAUGAGACCAGGCAUGUGCUAGAGACACUGCGAGAGGAGAAGCCCCAGCUGACCCUGGUCUUUGAACCUUCUUGGUAGGGAAGCGUCAGGACUCCUCCACCUGAGUCGGACCGCUCUGCAGCACUGCUGCCCCGUUGGCUGGGAGAAGAGGCUUCUGGUGCCCCCACGGUGGGGAGGACCUCGCUUCUCUGUCCCCUCCCUGGGUGGAGGUGUCAGGAAGGGAGCUCCCCUGAAACACUGUCCCAGGGUACUUGCUCAGAGGGAACCUCAGCAACUGGCUCAGCGGAGAGACGGGUCCCUGUCCCUUUUCCCCGCAGUUCCCUCUCCCAAGCCUUCCCCUUGUUUGUAUUCCCCUUGCCCUGGCCGCCAUUCCUAGAUCUGCUAGCUGACUGAAGCACAGAACCCUGGACUCUGCUGUGCUGUAAUUUUGUGACUGCUACUUAUUUAUUGUUAUAACAGUUAUGUUUUAUGAUGAAAAAACUCAUGCUCAUUUUAGAUCACUGAAAACUCAAAAAUAUAUAAA